AUGCUGCAAAGCACCUCCACAUUACUCCAGCGCGCGCACGCACUCUGCCGGGUGCCUGCGCUUCAUGCCCACGUGCACCGCGCUCACGUGCACCGCCUUGUGCGCCGCAGGGCCCUCCCGGGGGGCGUGUCGUGGGCGGGGCUCUUGGCGGCCGCGCCAACCAAGUCAAUCGGGCGGAGCCCAGGUCUUCGGGGCGUGUCCUCGCCCUCCUGGUCCCGCCCGGUGACUCUCCGCUGGGUGCGGCAGUACCACAAACACCGGACGGGCUGGUUAGAGUGGCUAGGGCCAGAACCACUCCCCUGCGUCCCCUGUCUUCCCCGAGAGUUCCUGCCGCCUGAAGUCCUCGCCGGCGCCCAGCUCUGGAUUGCCUCGAUGCUCCCAGCCUUCUGGCUCAGCUCACUGGGAGAAGUUCCAGAGGCCGUGGCCGCUGGAACCUUUAGUCCCCCGCCCAGAGCUGAGCUCCUGGAGGAUCUGGGGAUCGAGUAUGCCCUUUCUAGGAAGGGCCGGGUUUCUGGAGCUGGGAGAGCGGUUUUGGAAUCGGGAGCGGGGAGAGGCACGUACCUAAAUGGGGUUUGA